UAUUCUUAUAUUGUGACAUCUUAAUAGCUGAUAUUUGUUUUGCUGUCCAUUUAUUAUUUCAAAGUAUAUUGUAAAGUGUAAUUCAUAUUUUGUAUUUAAAAACCUAACCUAGAUUCCAAUAGUUUCAUUUGUUACUUAUUCUUGAUAUCGCAACAAAUUCUAACAAAAACUGCAAAAGCCUUAUAAUGUCAGAGUAUGAAAAAGUGAGAACAGGAAAAUUGGUGUUGAAGGGUGAAAAAUCAAGGCCAAAAAAGCGAAAGCAUAAGAAGCAAGAGAAGGAACAGGAUGUAACUGUGGAAGACAAAGAUACUGUUACUCAUGGAGGAUGGUGGAAAGUUAAGAAUGUAUUUGAAAUUACGGGGACAAUAGCUAUAGAAUUUGGAAAUCAUACUUACUUGAAAGCACUUGACAAUGGACUAUUUACUCUCGGCGCACCACACGAUGAGGGCGAUGGUCCAUCGCCAGAAGAAAUUUUGACAGCAUUCCCUAUAAAUGAAACUAAAAUUGCUUUGAAGUCAGGAUAUGGCAAAUAUCUCGGUGUUGACAAGAAAGGUAUCGUUAUCGGACGAAGCGAUGCAGUCGGACCUAUCGAACAAUGGGAACCAAUUUUUCAAGAUAACAAGCUUGCUAUAUUACAUAGCACAGGAUGCUUUGUGUCAGUUACAAGUGACGAUGAUGUGAUUUGCCAAAAUAGAACAGCUGGCCCAUCAGAAUAUAUCGUCAUCAGAAGUAUAACACAACGUUCUCAAAGUCCUAGUUGGGAUAUACCAAAAGAGGAACAAGGUUCACUGGCAGAUGUUGAAGUAAAUUAUGUGCGAAAAUUCCAAAAGUUUCAAGACAAAAAGUUAAGGAUAAAUAAAUCCGAUCGUUCCGAAUUGAAGAAGGCAAGAGUAGAAGGGAAUUUACACGAGACUCUGUUAGACAGAAGAAGCAAAAUGAAAGCUGAUCGUUAUUGUAAAUAAAUUCAGUACUAUAAUAUAUCAUUGAAACGUACGAAUUAUUUAUAUCAAAUAUAACCUCUAGAUGUAAAAAUUUUAUUAAAUAUAUGCAAGUUAUCGUUACAUGUAGUUGAUUGUUACUAAUUGGCACUACCAUAUAAUACAUAAUAUACAUGAAGGGUACAGGACACGAUGAGAACUCAUUAAAUUUACAGAGAAACCAUAAUUGUUCGCAAUAUCUAUCCUACUUUGCCACAUGUUACGCAAUUAUUCGUAACAUUAUUGAUAAGAAAAAAAA